AUGGCUGCUUCUGGGAUUCCUGUCGUGGAUCUCUGCGAGGAAGCCACUUGCUCCAUCUGCCUGGAGUAUUUCCAGGAUCCAGUGAUCAUCCCGGAGUGCGGGCACAACUUCUGCCGAUCCUGCCUGACCCAGUGCUGGGGGAAAUCUGAGGGAGAGGCUUCCUGCCCUCAGUGCAGGAAAACAGUGGAACAAGGCAGCAUCAGGCGAAACCUGCAGUUGGCAAAUGUUGUGGAAAUAACUAAGAAAUUCAGCCUUCUGGGCAGAAAAGAGGAGGCAGAAGGAAAAGGGAGAGUUUGUGAGAAGCACCAGGAGCCCCUGAAGCUCUUCUGCAAGGAGGAUGAAGCCCCCAUCUGUCUGGUUUGUGACAGAGCCAAGGAGCAAAAAAGCCACGAGGUGGUUCCUAUAGAGGAGGCGUCCCUGGAGUACAAGGUAGGAAAACACUCUAGAUCAGUGACGUAGCGUUCCUUGCUGGUGCCCGGGGCAUGCGGCACCCCAUGGGGACAGGUUGUGCCAGUGGAGCGACCCCCAGUAACUGGGGCUAAGAGGGGGGCAUUGCGCCACCUACUCGGCCAUGCAGUGGGGAGCUCAGCCAGCCAACGUGGCUGAUGCUGCCUUGCUCUGAGGGGUGCAAGUCUCACAGUGCACUGCAAGCCCAGCACCACUUUCUGAGAUUUGCAAAAGCUGUGUGCGGCUGGCAGGGUGCCAUCCUGUUACUCCUUCAGAUGGAAGACGUUGCGCGAAGGAUGCAACAGCUCACGACAGGCUCCCCCCAGGCUGGCCCAUGCUACGCCUCUGCUCUGGAUUUGCUCGGGGGAUGGAAUAGCUGUAGGCAAGCCAGGCCUGCAAGACCAUAGAAUCUUAGAGUUGGAAGGGACCCAAGGGUCAUCUAGUCCAACCCCCUGCAAGGCAGGAAUGAUGCCAAGGUACUGUUGAAAUAAUGUAUUCUCCCCACCCCCUCUAGCAGGAGCCUUUGUGCAGCCUUGUGAAACUUAAAACUUCUGAAAACUAUUCAAUAAACAUUUCUUCUUCUUUUCGAGAGAUUAAUUUCCCUCUAUGUCCCCCUGCAGCAUAUUGGAGUCACUCCCCACAGUUCUUCCUCUGGAAGCAGCUCCCAGUGAAGGCUCCUAGAACUGGAAGGUGGGGCAAGGCAGGGGGCAGGAAUGAAGGGGAACCUCCGGAAGGACCCGGGAAUGUGGGGCAGGGAGCAAGCAUAUGAUUCAGUUGUCUGAUAUUACUAAAACGCUCGAAAAAGGGAAAGAAAAAACAACCCAGCUGGAAUUUUGUUUUCUUUUCAGGAUCAGAUCAGCAGAUGCCUAGACAACGUGAGGAAGGAGAGAAAGAAAAUUCUGAUGUUUAAAGCAGAUGCAGAAAAGGAAAGCCAAGACCUGCUUGUAAGCAUCACUGUUAUUUGAAGGUGAAAAAGUGCUGUAGUCUUAAAUCUCUCUAAAAUGUCAGACAUGCCCUUCCAAGUGAAUUCUGAUAACUGGUCUCUUCAUCCUGCAACAUUAUGCAUGAUAGUGGCCUGCUGUUCUCCUCCUCUUUCUCUUUUUGCUGCUGCAGAAGCAAAUGAAAGCAGAGAAGGGGAAGUUGGUGGCUGAGAUCAGGCGAAUGCAUCAGUUUCUGGAAGAACAAGAGAAGCUUCUUUUGGCUCAUAUGGAAGAGGUGGAGAAGGAGAUUGCAAAGAAAAGAGAAGAGCACCUGGCCAGACUCUCCAGGGAACUUUCCGCUUUUGAUAGUGCCAUUCGGGAGAUGGAGAAGAAGCUUCAGGAACCAGCGAGUGAACUCCUGCAGGUCAGGCCUCAUCCUGAUGUGAGAGGGUGGAGUGUGCUGCUUCAGACUGCGAGCAUUUCUUAGCCUUUUCCCACAUAAAAAUACUGUUGUAAGAGAAACAAGCAGUACAUAGGAGCCUCCUCUGAGGGGCUGAGAUCCCUUGGACACCCCAAUAAAAUCUUUGAGGGGGCCAGCCCCCCCCAAUAAUGGACAUUUCUGUUGAAAUGGGGGGGUGUACUGCAUAUUGUGAUUGAUUAUGUGGGGCGGAGCUUACUUGCCCACCCCCCAAUAUUUUCUUCAAGUUGUCACUAGAUCAAAGCACUGGCCCUUUCCGUCCUGCAUCCUGUUCUCGCAUUGGCCAACCAGAGGUCUCUGGGAAGCCCACAAGCCAAGAGGGCUUCAAUUAACCUUUACUCAGAGUAGACAAUUGAAAUUAAUGGGGAUGACCAUCUUAGGUUCAUUAAUUUCAGUGUGCCUGAGUAAAAGCAAGUUGAAUACAACAGAUACUGCCUCCAACGCAGGCAUUCCAAAUUGGCACUGCUUCACUUUUUCAUUCAGAUGCUCUCUUGGGUCCAGCCAGAGAGGGGGUGACCUAUUAUUAUUAUUAUUAUUAUUAUUAUUAUUAUAUAUAAGUUUGUAUACUGCCUUAUACUCAGAGGUCUCAGGGUGGUUUCCAGGAUAUGAUUGAGUGUGGGAUGUACAUAGCAGUGAACCGAUUAGUUGCAUGUGAACACGGAGCCAGCAUGCGCUGCAGGGCAAAAUGGCAAAUCAAGGAGGUGGGAUUGAAUCUCUCCGGUGUUUGGGUGACUUGGUCAAAAGAGAAGAAAGGGACCUUUUAUUAGUCAUCACUGGAGUGGCUGACUUUUGCCAUCUCAUGGUUAUUCCAAAAUUACGUGGCGCUGCAUAUUUUAUUGGGGGUCUUUUGUUUUGUGCUUGGCUAACCUCUCUCUGCUUCAGCUGCUUAGUAUUUAUAACUGACCGCAGCACUCUGUGCAGAAAUGGCUCCACGGAUAUCUUUUUCUUUCUUUCCUUCCAGGAUAUCAGAAGCUUCUUGCAGAGGUAAGUGAUGGAAAUCUGCUGCUUUAAGAUGCUAGAAAAGUUCCCGUUAAAGGGUGAGAAACUUCCAGAGUUCCAGUUCCUUCAUCCAGAGAUAGCUUAGGACUCCAUCGUCCAUUUCACAAAAUCACAAACAAAAAUAGGGACACGUUUUCACAGUCAUUUGUAGCAAUUGGUCUCAUCUAUAAACAUGGGAAGGAAGCUGUUCCCAUUACACAUCUCUGAAAGCCCUUCUCCGUGAUAGAUUCAUUUAUUCUGCAAUUGAUACAAAAAGGGGGGACAUCCCAAAGGUGCUUGUAAAUAUAUUCACUAUAACUUACCCAUAAAUAUUUGACAUAUUUCUGGCUCCUGCAGUUUCUUCCUCAGCCAUAAGAAGAUGAGAAAGGGCCCUGCUGGAUCAGGCCAUGGCCAUCAAGUCCAGCAUCCUGUUUUCACAGUGACUAACCAAAUGCCUCUGGGAAACUCGUGAGCAGGAUCCGAGCCCCAGAGGACACUCCCCUCCUGUGGUUUCAGAGGCACCACUGCCUUUGACCCAGCUGUCGCAAAUAGCAGCCGCUGAGAGGCUUGUCCUCCAGACAACUUCAAACCCUCCCAUGUUUAGAAAAUACUGCUUUACUUUCUAUUUUUUUCUCCAUUUGUAAAAUAUAACCACAGCCAUACCUCGGGUUGAAGUAGCUUCGGGAUGAAUAUUUUCGGGUUGCACUCCGCGGCGACCCGGAAGUAACGGAGGACGUUACUUUCAGGUUUCGCUGCUCGCACAGGUGCAGGCACUCAAAAUGACGUCACACGCAUGCGUGGAAGCCACAAAAUGCGAGACGCGCAGACGCGUGUUACGUUCGCUUCUGGAUGCGAAUGGGGCUCCAGAACGGAUCCCGUUCGCAUCCAGAGGUACCACUGCACUGUGUUAAAACACAUUUACAAUGGUACCUCGGGUUAAGUACUUAAUUCAUUCCGGAGGUCCAUUCUUAACCUGAAACUGUUCUUAACCUUUAGCUACUGGGGCCUCCUGCUGCCGCCGGAGCACAAUUUCUGUUCUCAUCCUGAAGCAAAGUUCUUAACCCAAGGUACUAUUUCUGGGUUAGCCGAGUCUCUAACCUGAAGCGUCUGUAACCUGAGGUACCACUGUUCCACAUCUAUUUUGCUCAUUAAUCACUUGAAAUGCUUCACUAAAUCAGAUGUAGUCUUAAAAUCUCUGCAUAAGGAUCCAGUAUGGUUCACCUUUCUUCAAAAAAAAAAAUAUUGAGCAUAUAUCAGUUUUAUCUUCAAUCUCCUGUUCAUAUAUUUCAUUCAAAAUGCUUAGAAAGCAGGUGUGUGUUGGUUUUACUUCAUCUUGUUAGGAUCUCUCUAGAUCCACAUGUUAUCUAAAUACUCCCUUUUGCCAUAGGAAAACCCUGCUCCCAAGUCUUCAUGAUAUAUCCAUGGUGCCUUUAUCAUCAGGAUGAGAUGCCUGCCUUGUCAGAAAGCUCCUUGCGUUGGAAGGAUGUUGGCUUGACAUUGUUCUUCUCCUCCCAGGUCUCAGGAGAAGGAGAACUUAAAGGAUCCUCCUGUGGCUUUUCCUCCUGCCCUGAAGUGGAGGCUCUGGGACUUCUGUGAUAUGAAUCUCUUCUUGGAGGGAGUCAUGAAGAAAUUGAGAGGUAGUAAAGAAGGGUUGAAAAUAUUUUGUACUGGAUAUUUAAAAUUGUUCAUGAAAGACUCCAGCUCCAGGAAAAUAGAAGGCUUAUUUAUUUUCUUUCAGUAUCUAGAAGCCACACUUUCAUAUGUAGAUGAUUCACAAAUGAUUUUUCUUAGGCAAUUGAAAUGGGUGGUAAACGCUUCUUGCUGGGCUCUGGAAGCUCCUGCGAGAUCUUGGGAGAGCCUCCCAGAUUCCAGUCAGCAAGGUAAAGGGCUUGAAAGCUUGUACCAUAAAGGGUUUGGACACCAUACAAAUCACUUUUAAGACCUCUGCCAUUUUUUACGGGACUCUGAGAGGCUCCUGCAAAAUCUCAUGGGGCCAUCUUGGGAUCUCAGAUGGCAGGGGUGAUUCAGGGGGUCGUUCUGACUUUCCACGAUUACAAGUUGUCUGUAAAAAGUUGUCCUUGCCCUCUUCCCAUCUCUCAGUCAGGCCUUAGGUGCUUUCACGUAUCUCACCCAUUUCCCCAAGUAGCCUCACCUACAGGUUUUCGGGCAUCUCCUCUGUUCCUUUGCCCCUGAGAUUGAUGUAAGGGAGGCAGAAGGAGAGAGGGGCUGUCCAAGAGCCAGCCAGGAGCAGAGGGGUUGAGGCCUCCCAUCCUGGAACAGGCAUGUCUGGACCUUGUUGCUGAUGGGGAGAUCUUCUGAGGGUCCUGCUCCUCCUCCCAAGAUUUGGUCAGGAAUGAACCUUGACAUCACCUUAUGUAGGAAUAGCCAGCAUGGUGAGUUUCUGUAGUUUUAAUUGCAACUCCUAUAAUCUCCAGCUGGCUUUUUAGUGGUUAGGGAUGAUGGGACUUGUAGUCCACAAUAUCUGGCUACAAUCUCAUGAGUUCAUAUUGUUCUUUCCAGGUUUGUUAUCUGAAUGAUGGUGUAAUGCUAAAUCUCUGUUCCCUUUUCUCUUCCAGACACUGUAGAAUAUGGACUUCAGCUGCAAAAAGGUACAUUUAAUAAUAAUAAUAAUAAUAAUAAUAAUAAUAAUAAUAAUAAUUUAUUCAUACCCCGCUCAUCUGGCUGAGUUUCUUCAGCCAUUUCUGAAUCAAACAGAGGCACAAAUUCAGGAGAGAGGGGAUCUGCUUCUCUAAAGACCAGGCCACUGUAGCUCUUCCAUCCAUGCCUUAUUUCCCCUUAUUUCCCAGAGGCAUCCAUUCCGUGAGAGCAGCAUGCUGGGCUAGAGGGGCUCUUGGCCUGAUCCUGCAAACUCUUAGGAAGCCCCCAGCCCAGGACGGCUGGCUUUUCUGUGCCCAAUCUCAAUAAGACACAGGGCUGGUGUGACGCCAAAGGCUCCCGGCACAUGAGGGGGAAAUAUCCCUUUGAGCCAUACAGGAUCCCCACCCCUUCUAGAGUUUAUGUAAGAGUAAGGUGUAAGAGUGGGAAAUGCAUGAACACAAAUAGCUCAGAAAAUGGCUGCAACAACCUUUGGGGGCUAGAACGUGAAUGGGUUCUGGUGUCAGUGGAGGGAGCUGGGGGCCGUGGCGGAGCUUCAUGCUCCGGCACCGGGGGGGGGCGGAGAGCAGGUGGGGGGGCUGGUGUGCAUCCCGAGGGCGGGGCGCGCUGCCUGUGGGGUUGCGCUCCCCCCGCACUCCUCUUCCUCCACCAGUGGGUGGGGGCUCCCGGAGUGUGAACUCCAGGGGUCCAGCUUCCCUGCAAGAUGGGGGUCUUCCCUCAGCUUUUUUUGUUGGAGGGGAGACAUGACUUCUUUUUCUUAAACUAGAGAAACUUGAGUAAACUUUAAAGAGCAGGGCAGAAUUACACCACAGACCAGGAGAGAAAAGGAUCAAUGGGAAGACAGAAGUCCAGUCUGGCCUGAUCCUGGACACCACAAAAUGGGAAUCAUAAGAGCUGGAAAAGGUACAGCUGGUAUGGCUGGGAGGUUGCCUGCUCUUGAUGGGGUUACACUUCCUCUGAAGGAGCAGGUUUGUAGCUUGGGGGUCCUCCUGGAUCCUUUGCUGUCACUCAAGGCUCAGGUGGCCUCAGUUGCCCAGAGUGCCUUCCUUCAGCUUUGGCUAGUGGUCCAGCUACGCCCCUAUCUGGACAGGGUUAGCCUAACUACUGUUGUCUAUGCUCUGAUAACUUCAGAGUUAGAUUACUGCAAAGUGGUUCAGAAACAAGGUUAGAUUACUGCAAAGCGGUUCAGAAGACGAUUCAGAAACUUAAGUUGGUGCAGAAUUCAGCGGCCAGGUUGCUCACCGAAGCAAGACGGUUUGAGCAUAUUACACUGGUCUGACUGCACUGGCUACCAAUUGGUUUCCGGGCCCAAUUCAAAGUGCUGGUUUUGACCUAUAAAGCUUUAAAUGUUUCAGGACCACAAUACCUCAAGGACCGCCUCUUCCCACAUAAACCUUCCCAGGCCCUGAGAUCAUCUUCCAAGGUCCUUCUUCGUGUGCCUCCUCCUCGAGGUUCAGAGGGUGGCAACACGAGAACAGGGCCUUCCCUGCAGUGGCUCCCCAUCUGUGGAAUGCUCUCCCCAGGGAAGUUUGCCUAGCAUCUACAUUACACACCUUUAGGCGCCAGGCAAAAACGUUCUUUUAUAACCAGGCCUUUGGUUGAUCUUAUCGACAUCCAACACCCUUUUAGAAUGUGAGGUUUUGGGGGGCGGGUUAUUGGGUUAUUGGUUUUGGCUUGAUUUAAUAUAAUAUACAGUGGCACCUUGGUUUUGUUUUGUUUUUUUAUAAAUAUUUAUUAAGAUUUUACAAAUUAUAUCAAACAAAACAAUACACACAAACACAAACAAAAAAAAGAACAAGUAUAAUUUCAAAACCUUAUUUUCUUAAAACUUACUUCACCGACCUCCUCAUACCUCCCCUUUCUGCAUUCCCAUUUCAAAUAUUUAGUUCAGCAGAUCCUCACCCUUAAUUUUAUCUAAUUGUCGACCUUUCUUUUCUUUUAACUUAAUCUUUACAGCUGUACUCCAUUUAAUUUCUAAAACCACAUCAUUCUAGCACUCAUUAAUUUUACAAUGUUUCUUAAGAUAGUUCUUAAAUUUCUUCCAAUCUUCUUCCGCCGUCUCUUUUCCCUGGUCUCGGAUUCUGCCAGUCAUUUCUGCUAGUCCCAUAUAGUCAAUCACCUUCAUCUGCCAUUCUUCCAAGGUGGGUAGAUCUUGUGUCUUCCAAUACUUUGCGAUGAGUAUUCUUGCUGCUGUUGUAGCAUACAUAAAGAAUGUUCUGUCUUUCUUUGGCACCAAUUGGCCGACAAUGCCCAGGAGAAAGGCCUCUGGUUUCUUAAGGAAGGUAUAUUUAAAUACCUUUUUCAUUUCAUUAUAUAUCAUUUCCCAGAAAGCCUUAAUCUUUGGGCAUGUCCACCAAAGGUGAAAAAAGUACCUUCAGUUUCUUUACAUUUCCAACAUUUAUUAUCAGGCAAGUGGUAAAUUUUUGCAAGCUUGACUGCGGUCAUGUACCACCUAUAAAUCAUUUUCAUAAUAUUUUCCUUUAAGGCAUUACAUGCCGUAAAUUUCAUACCGGUGUUCCACAACUGUUCCCAGUCGGCAAACAUAAUGUUAUGACCAAUAUCUUGUGCCCACUUUAUCAUAGCUGAUUUCACUGUUUCAUCUUGUGUAUUCCAUUUCAACAGCAAGUUAUACAUUCUUGACAAGUUCUUAGUAUUGGGUUCUAUCAGUUCUGUUUCUAAUUUUGAUUUUUCCACCUGGAAGCCAAUUUUCCUGUCCAACUUAAAAACCUCCAUUAUUUGGUAAUAAUGGAGCCAGUCUCUCACUUUGUCUUUUAAUUUCUCAAAACUCUGCAAUUUCAAUUUAUCCCCCUUUUGUUCCAAAAUUUCCCAAUAUUUCGGCCAUUUGGCCUCCAUAUUGAGUUUUUUUCACAGCCUUAGCUUCCAUUGGCGACAACCACCUUGGGGUUUUAUUUUCCAACAGGUCUUUAUAUCUAAUCCAGACAUUAUAUAAUGCUUUCCUGACAAUAUGAUUUUUAAAAGCUUUGUGAGCUUUAACCUUGUCAUACCAUAAAUAUGCAUGCCACCCAAAAAUGUUGUUAAAGCCUUCUAAAUCCAAAAUGUCUGUGUUCUCAAGAAGCAGCCAGCCUUUCAACCAGCAGAAAGCUGCUGAUUCAUAGUAAAGUUUAAAGUCCGGCAGGGCAAAUCCCCCUCUUUCUUUUGCAUCAGUUAAAAUAUUAAAUUUUAUUCUGGGUUUCUUGCCCUGUCAGACAAAUUUCGAGAUAUCUUUCUGCCACUUCUUGAAACAAUCCAUCUUGUCCACGAUUUGCAAUGUUUGAAACAAAAACAACAUUCUAGGCAAUACAUUCAUUUUGAUCACAGCAAUACGGCCCAACAGUGAAAGCUUCAAAUUUGACCAUAUUUCUAGAUCCUUUUUUACUUCCGUCCAGCAUUUCUCAUAAUUGUCUUUAAAUAAAUUCACAUUUUUAGCUGUCAUGUUAAUCCCCAAGUAUUUCACUUUCUUAACCACAGUUAAACCCGUUUCAUUCUGGAACCUCUCCCUUUCAGUAGCUGUUAAGUUUUUCUCUAAUACCUUAGUCUUUAAUUUAUUCAGUUUAAAUCCUGCGACUUGACCAAACUCUUGAAUUAAUUCUAAAACUCUUUUAGUACUAGUGUCUGGCUCUUGUAAUGUAAGUACCAAGUCAUCUGCGAAUGCUCUCAGUUUGUACUGUUUAACUCCGACCUGUACCCCUUUAACCAGCUGGUCCCUUCUAAUCAUGUUCAGCAAAACCUCCAGGACCGAUAUAAAAAGCAAUGGGGAAAUUGGGCACCCCUGUCGUGUCCCUUUUUCUAUUUUAAAUUCUUCCGUAACCACAUUAUUUACAAUUAGCUUAGCCUUUUGUUCAGAAUAUAUUGCACCCAUACCAUUCUCGAAUCCUUGGCCUACCCCCAUCCCAUGUAGAUUCUUCUUCAUAAAACUCCAAGAAAUAUUGUCAAAGGCUUUCUCCGCAUCCACAAAUAUCAGUACUGCUUUAGUGUUUAUAUUCACUUCUAGUUUUUCCAAAAUAUCUAUUAUAUUCCUCACAUUGUCUGACAAAUAUCUUCCUGGGAGAAAGCCUGCUUGGUCCUUAUGAAUCUCUUCCAUCAAUACUUUCUUCAGCCUUUUAGCCAGAAUGUCAGCAAAAAUUUUGUAAUCCACAUUAAGUAACGAUAUAGGGCGGUAGUUCUUAAGUUGCGUCUUUUCUGUCUCUAUUUUCGGUAUGAGUGUAAUAUAAGCUUCUUUCCACAAUUCUGGUGCCUUUUCCCCCUCUAGAAUUUCAUUGCAGACUUCCUUCAAAGGUUGUAAUAACCACUCCUUCAAAGCUUUGUAGUAUCUGGAAGUCAGCCCAUCCGGUCCCGGAGAUUUGCCCAGUUGCAUAUUUUGUUUUUUUGUUUUUUUUAUGAAUAUUUUUAUUCGAUUUUCAAACAAAGAACAAAAGAUUAUUUAAUAAUUACAUAAAAGCCCUUCACCAAAGAGGUAACAAACAAAAAAGACAUACAUUUACACCAACAAAUAAUAAAGCAAAGUAAAAAGAAAAAGCACAACUGUUCAUAACCCUUUUUUUGUAUAGCUAACUGGACUUCCUCGCAUCUCCCUACCGUGCGUUCUUUAUAAUAAAAGUGUCAGCAAAUUAUUACCUUGUUUCAUUUCUUAGCUUAUACCUCUCAGAUAUUAAAUUUCCAAACUUCAAGUAGUUUUUAUCAGAUAGUUGUAGCUUAAAUUUAAAUAUAAUAUUACUUUAAGUUUCGAUCUUUUCUUAUAUAUCACUUAAUUUUCUAUAUCUUUCGAUCGAGUUACUGGAACCUUGGUUUUCUAAAUCGUGCAGUUUCUUAACAUUCAUACAAUUUGUAAUGUUUUUGUAAAUAGUCCUUAAAUUUUUUCCAAUCCUCUUCCAUUGUUUCUUCUCCCAAAUCUCGGAUUCUGGCCCAGUUGCAUAUUUUGAAUGGCACCUUCUAUCUCAUGUUCAGUUAUUUUCUGGUUCAAAACUGUUUUACUUUGAUGAGAAAUUUUUUGUAAUCCAUGUUUCUUAAGAAAGUCAUCUAUGUCUUUUUCUUUCUGUGGCCCUUGUGCAUAUAGUUGUUUAAAAUAUCUCUGGAAGCAGUUUCUGAUUUCAUUUGGGUUGUAGAUGUUCUUUCCUUCCACUUCUAAAUUUGUAACUGUAUUUAAUUUUUGUCUUUUCUUGAUUUGCCAAGCCAAUAAUUUACCACAUUUGUCUGCUGAUUCAAAUGUCUUUUGUCUCAUUUGUUUAAUUUUCCAUUCUAUUUCUUGAUUCAUUAGUUCCAAAUACUGUGUCUGAUAUAACUUAAUUUCUCUCAAAAUCUCCUGAGACUUUGGUUUGGAUCUUAAUUUCUUUUCCCCUUCUUUUAUCUUUUCCAGGAUCUUGUCCUUUUUCUCACUUUGGAUUCUCUUCUUUAUUGCAUUCUGUUGUAUCAAGAAUCCUCGCAUAACCGCUUUACUUGCAUCCCAGAUUACUCUUUUUUCGACAUUGGUCUUUAGGUUUAUUUCAAAGUAAUCUCUCAAGGUUUUUUGGGCCUUUUUGUAUACCUCUUCAUCUCUAAAUAAGGUGUCAUUCAUCCUCCAUCUAAAGGAACCAGCUGUUGUUAACUUCAUCUCCAUCUUUACAGCAUUAUGGUCGGAGCACGUUUUUGGGCAGAUUUCCACUUUCUUUAUCUUUGGUGCCAUCCCACUAGUAAACCAUAUUUGGUCAAUUCUAGUCCAUGUCAUCUUGGCUUCAGAGAAGAAGGUUCCCUCUCUCUCAAGAGGGUUCUUUGUUCUCCAGAUGUCAAUCAGGUCCAUGUUUUCAGUCAUUUCAAAAAAAGUCUUUGGUAAUCUUCCAUCUCUAGAGACUUCCUGUCUUUGUGCUUUAUCCAUAUUUGUAGAUACCACUCCAUUCAUGUCUCCCAUCAAAAUUAAGUUGUAAUCCAAAUAGUCCAAUAAAGUCUCAUGCAACUUCUUAAAGAAUUCUGAUUUCCCCUCAUUUGGUGCAUAAAUUCCCACAAUCAAGAAUUUUUCUCCUUGAACUUGAAUUUCAAUUGCUAAAAAUCUUCCUUGUUCAUCUUUGAAAAUCAAUUUCGGUAACAAUUUUUCCUUUGCAUAAAUCACCACUCCUCUUUUUUUAACUUUAUCAGAUGAGAUAAAUUCUUGUCCUAAUCUUUUGUUGAUAAGUAUUUUUCUAUGUAACCUCGUCACAUGUGUUUCUUGUAAGCAAAUCAAGUCCAAUUGUUAUUUUUUCAAUAUAUGAAAUACAUUUUUCCUCUUUCGAGGAAGGUUCAAACCGUUACAAUUCCAGCUUAAAAGUUGCAGAGCCAUGAUGAGACUAUUUACUUCCUCCUCCCUCCGCUCCAAGUGGACGUUCUUCUCCUGUCGGUAGUUUCAGUCCAAAUGACAAAUUUCUUAUGUCUAGUGUUCCUUCUCCUGGUGGAUUUGGCUCCUCUCCAGAUUCCAAUUCUUUCAGAAGAUCUUCUUCGUGAUCUCUCAGGAACUUGUCUUUAUCACUUACUGUCUUUAUUCUUAUUUUCCUUCCUUUAUAUUUAAAGGAAAGGCCUUGGGGAAAUUCCCCCCUGAAGAGUAUUUUAUUUCUUCUCAAUAACACAACCAGGUCUUUAUAGUAAGGUUCUUACGUCCAAGAUAUGCUUCGGUAUAUCCUUAAAAAUUUCCACGAAGGAGUCUUCAAUUUCCAGGGUUCUUUGGUAAUGUAAGUUCAGAAUCUGGUCUCUUUCUUCUUUUGAUCUUAAAGUUAUCAGACAGUCUCUUGCCUUCUUACUACUUUGUCUUGAACCAAGUCUAAAUGCAGUCACUAUCUUAAAUUCUUCCUUCACCAAUUCCUGUUGCCAAAAGUCCAAGAAUUCCUUUGUAAGGAAGUGUUUUGGAACACUUGGUUUUAUAAACAACUUGGAAAAAGAACGCUGCAAACCCGGAAGCAGGUGUUCCAGUUUGUGAAUUUUGCACAACAUGCAACGGUCUCCCUCGGAAGGGAGGUUUUUAAGCAGAGGUUGGACGGCCAUCUGUCAUGGAUGCUUUAGUUGAGAUUCCAGCAUUGCAGGGGGUUGGACUAGAUGACCCUUGGGGUCCCUUCCAACUCUACGAUUCUAUGAUGUGCUGUCAUGAGUCCCAAGUAGGACAUUUCACACGGGGGGCAGGGUAACCUAACCACUUUCUUGCUUUUUAUGCACUACCUGGAAGGAUGGAGUAUAACAUACUUUAAAUAUACAACUGAAACCUGAAUGGUGGUUACAAGGCGGGCAAGAGUACCUUGCUGCCAGAUUUACCUGGCAUAUCAAGCGUGGUCUGUCAUGUGAUGUGAGGUAAAAGAUUAAGAUGUGAAUUAGGGAGUCCCUGCUUUUACUUCCUUCUGCCAUGAACUCUAGGGGAUGGGGGUGGCCUUAGACAAGCCACCGUCUCUCAGCCUCAGUCCUCCCACCUGAAAAAUGGGCAUAGUAAGAUUAACUUCCAGUAGUGAUGUAUGGAAGUGAGAGCUGGACCAUAAAGAAGGCUGAUCGCCGAAGAAUUGAUGCUUUUGAAUUAUGGUGCUGGAGGAGACUCUUGAGAGUCCCAUGGACUGCAAGAUUAAACCUCUCCAUUCUGAAGGAAAUCAGCCCUGAGUGCUCACUGGAAGGACAGAUCCUGAAGCUGAGACUCCAAUACUUUGGCCAGCUCAUGAGAAGAGAAGACUCCCUGGAAAAGACCCUGAUGCUGCGAAAGAUGGAGGGCACAAGGAGAAGGGGAUGAGAGAGGACGAGAUGGUUGGAUAGUGUUCUAGAAGCUACCAACAUGAGUUUGACCAAACUGCGGGAGGCAGUGGAAGACAGAAGUGCCUGGUGUGCUCUGGUCCAUGGGGUCACGAAGAGUCGGACACGACGAAACGACUAAACAACAACAAGAAGAAGAAGAUUAACUUAAUAUGAACUUGAUGAACAUCCCUGUCUUGAAUGCAGAGCCAUGGAGACCCUGUUCAUUUCAGAGGGGAUGCUCUUUUUGUCAUGUGCCUAAUGAAAAGCCAGAUUCCAGUUGAUGUUGUUUUUCUUCUCUUUCCUCCUCUGCCCCCACAGAAAACGUAACUUUGGAUCCAGACACAGCAAAUCCCCACCUCAUCCUGUCUGAGGAUUGCAAGAGUGUGAGAUGGGGGAAAGUCUAUCAAGACCUGCCAGAAAACCCUGAGAGAUUUGACACUUAUGCCUAUGUACUGGGACGUGAGGCAUUCAAGGAAGGCAGACGUUUCUGGGAAGUCGCUGUGGGGAGCGAGGGGCAAUGGGCCGUGGGAGUGGCCAGAGAGUCUGUGAAGAGGAAAGGCAGGUUAACCCCUGGUCCUAAGGAAGGGAUCUGGCGCAUAGGGAAGCGGGGUGAUCAAUACAGGGUCUCCACCCAUGAUGGGCACCCUGUUUCAAUUCUGGGUGGGGAGCCCAAGAGGAUCCGAGUGGCCCUGAACUGUGAAGGGGGACGGGUGUCCUUUUACGAUGCAGAUACAGCAGCCCUUCUCCACUCAUUCCCAGCAGCCUCCUUCUCAGGAGAGACCCUCCAGCCCUACUUUUACGUGAGGGAGAAAGGGAACCUGAUACUCUCUUGA